UGACGCCGACACGAUACAUUCACUUGGACGUUCGUACCAAUACAUUUCCUUCCUGUCGGCCUAGAUUUUUUUUCCGCCACGACUAAAGCCGUCGAAGCUUAGAACUUGACUCUGGACGGAUUUUUCUUUUGUAGACAACUCAUCAAUAGAUAUAUGUUUAAAAUUAACCAAUUUAUUCAAGAAACUCUUAUUACUCGUGUAGUUUCACCAGGUUUUGGAAGUGUUUGAGGAGAUUGAAAACGACGUCGACGACCAAGAGGACGACUGCAUACCGGCAAACAAAGAACCCUUCCUUCAGAUAAUUUCUCUCUUCUCUUUAGUUAGCUAUGAGUCAUGUGGCCGUUGAAAAUGUACACGGUCUAGAUCAGCAGUUGGCUGCUCUAGACUUGAACCCAGACCUGCAGGGCGGAGGUACUGGCCGACGUUACAUUCCACCUCAUCUAAGGAACAAAGAAGUCUCCAAAAAUGCAGGAAAUGCAUUUACCUCUGGUAGACAGAGCGGGUACUCAGUUGGGCCUGGGAACAGCUAUGCUGGAGGAUGGGAUGGUGGGCGCAAUAAUGGCUUUGUGAAUGGAUACAAUGAUGCGAAUGGCAUGAACGGACGUGGCGGCAUUCGCCAGGACCGCGGUGGUGGUCGCGGAGGAUUCCGUGGUAGAGGUGGAAGUUCCUAUAACCCUGCCCAGCCUAUGCAGAAUCCAGGAUUUGGGUAUGAAGCCAAGGACAAUGGCGGUGGUUGGAAUGUUCAGAAAGAUGCUUACACAAGCUUUGGCAGCCGUAACGACCGAGGCAAAUCUGCCUAUGAUCGUACCUCUACAAGGGGAAGAUAUGAACGUGGAGGUUUUGGAGGUGGAGGAAAUGGUCGUUGGCUGGACGACUCGAGAGAGGAGGAAGAUUGGUCCAAACCUCUGUCCCGCAAUGAGCGAACGGAGAACGAACUGUUUGCCGGGUGCAACACAGGAAUCAAUUUUGAUAAUUAUGAUGACAUUCCUGUGGAGGCAACAGGACACGACAGCCCUUCUCCCAUUGAUAUGUUUCAAGAUAUUGAUAUGGGGGAGAUCAUCAUGGGCAACAUCGCACUGAGUCGUUACACACGUCCCACUCCGGUGCAGAAGCAUGCCAUUCCCAUCAUUAAAUCCAAGAGAGACCUAAUGGCCUGUGCUCAGACAGGUUCUGGGAAAACAGCCGCAUUUUUGCUGCCUGUGCUCAGCCAAAUCUACACAGAGGGACCGGGAGAGGCCCUACAGGCCGCUAAGAACAAUGCCCAGGACAAUGGUAGAUAUGGCCGCCGUAAGCAGUAUCCCCUCGCUCUGGUCUUGGCCCCAACAAGAGAGUUGGCAUUGCAGAUCUAUGAUGAAGCCAGGAAGUUCGCAUAUCGAUCCCGUGUGCGUCCAUGUGUAGUGUAUGGAGGAGCUGACAUCGGCCAACAAAUUCGUGAAUUGGAGCGCGGUUGUCACCUUCUGGUGGCAACGCCUGGACGUUUGGUAGACAUGAUGGAGAGGGGCAAGAUUGGCAUGGACCACUGCUGUUACCUGAUCCUGGACGAGGCUGACCGUAUGUUGGACAUGGGUUUCGAGCCCCAGAUUCGUCGUAUCGUUGAGCAGGACACUAUGCCACCCAAAGGCGUGCGCCAGACCAUGAUGUUCAGUGCCACGUUCCCCAAAGAGAUCCAGAUAUUGGCUCGUGACUUCCUGGAGGACUACAUCUUCCUUGCCGUGGGCCGCGUGGGCUCAACUUCAGAGAACAUUACACAGAAGGUGGUUUGGGUUGAAGAGAGUGAUAAGAGGUCUUUCCUGCUGGAUCUUCUUAACGCUACAGUUAUGCCUAGCGAGGGUCAGGAACCAACUGCUGAAAACCUCGGGAAGCCUGGCAAGGAAUCCCUCACUUUGGUGUUUGUGGAGACCAAGAAGGGUGCUGAUGCCCUGGAAGACUUCCUGUACCGGGAGGGCUACGGCUGCACCAGCAUUCACGGUGACCGCUCACAGAGAGACCGCGAGGAGGCACUUCACCAGUUCCGCUCCGGAAGAUGCCCCAUUCUGGUGGCCACAGCUGUGGCUGCUCGAGGACUGGACAUCCCUCACGUGAAACACGUCAUCAACUUUGAUCUUCCAAGUGACAUUGAGGAGUAUGUCCACCGCAUUGGACGUACAGGCCGUGUAGGAAAUCUGGGCCUGGCCACUUCGUUCUUCAAUGAUAAAAACUCAAACAUCACCAAGGACCUGUUGGACCUGGUGGUGGAAGCCAAACAGGAAGUCCCAUCCUGGCUGGAGAGUCUUGCCUUCGAGCAUCAGCACAAAAGUACCAGUCGCGGACGCUCUAAGGGUAGGUUCUCUGGAGGGUUCGGAGCCCGGGACUACAGGCAGACGAGUGGCGCCGGAGGCAGCAGUGCCGGCAGCGGCGGCGGCUUUGGAGGCCGAGGCGGCCGCAGCACCGGGGGCCACGGAGGAAAUCGUGGAUUUGGUGGUGGUGGUGGUGGCUUUGGGAAUUUCUACGGCAAUGACGGAUAUGGAGGAAGCUACUCUCACUCGCAAGUGGACUGGUGGGGCAAUUAAUAAUUCAAAUGCCCCGAAUUUUUCAGACCUCCACUCGAUACAUGUUGAUGGGCUCAUACAGCCCUAUUUGCUGAAUGAGAACCACAUGUUAGCCAGUUUGAAUAACCAUAUGUAGCUUGAGGACCCUAUCCGUACAUUAUAAGUUGUGAUUCUUUGUGAUGACUUGGUUGGGGGGGAAAAAAUUGUGGCACGCAUCACAAGAACAUAUCCACAGUUUACGUGACAGAAAGAAAACAUCUACUGUCUACUGCUUGUUCUGUGACACAAAGAUGAAUGACCAAGUCAAAGACUAUGUUAUUGGCAUCUUACUUAUCUUUUGCAGAACAAAGAAUCACUUGAUAAUGUACUGUCUUUUUUGUUUUGUUUUUUUCCUUUUACAUUUGCUUUUUUUAAAAAGCAAUGUACUUACUGACACCAGGCCAUGAACUUCAAGUUUUAUAUUUUCUUAAAAGGCAAAUAAUUGAGCUCAGAUUAAAUCAAACCUUGGCAAAUGUCUUGCGAAAUAAUGACUUGUCAGUCAUUAUUCCAUUUUGAACUUUUCAAAUUUUGUCACCAGCCAUCCUGUGACCUGAUCAUAGGUUGCGUUCCUUUAUUGGAAGCAAUGAUCUGGCAAAAAAUGCAUUUCAAAUGAAAACGUGAUCUGUUCACUAGUUCUUUAAAGGUACCCUUUGGAUUUUGUUGAUCAAGCCAUUCCAGUGCAUAAUCUUAAUAUUCAGUCAUUAUUUAAUUUUCUCAGAAUGUGUUUACAGAGCUGCAAAGGCACUUGGUGCUUCAACUUAAAGGCCAUUCAUUUUAGCUUAUCUGCAAAGGCAGCUAGUUGAUUUUGAGAGACUAGCAUGUGAAUGGUAUGUUAGCGCAUUCUUACUUGAACUGUAUGGAAACAGGAUGGAUAUCGAGUAAAUGUCUAUCUUAAUCAUAAUGUGAGAUUGGAAUUGUACAAAAGCAGCAUUUGCAAAAGUGGAAUGGCUACAUUAUUACCACAGGAGUAGAGUGUGUGUUAAUGCUACCACUGCAAUGGUCCCAUGCUAGUGUUUUUUGUUUUGGUCAAGGAGACAAAAUCUACAGAAGGCUUUUUUUUUUCACUACGCAAUCAUAAAACAAUCAUUUUUUUUUUUUCACUUAAUUUUCUUGGUCUCUUUUUUUUUUCUUUCAAGCUGCGUUAAAAAAGACAUACAGACGUAAGGCGUAACUCGUUUGAGGCACAGUUCCACCCGCCAUUAAACUCACGGCUGGGUGUUGUUCCCCUUUGGAAGCUAAGCGGUCAGCUGAGGCUAACUGUAGAAUAUGGUAGGAUAUCAAAAAACAUAGGAGCUUCACAAGGUGUGGCUUUUGAAGCAUAAUUACUUUUUUUUGUUUUUGUUGUAGUCAUUCUUUGAUACAACUAAUGUUACCAUCUGAUUGGGUGCUGUUCGAUGCUUGUUCCAUUCUGACUGUGUAUUUUGGCAGCUAAUGUGAGGAAAUCUAGAGUUUGGGUUGCUGUUAGUGUACUGUGGAGACUAUAUCAGUGGUUCGUGGCCGAGUCGUCGAGGGGUGUCCCCCCCUAGGCAGGCGGCAUAAUUUUUUUCUCAAGGAGAAAGUCAUUUGGGAGUGGGCAUGAGAAGUCUUUUGACUGAAGUGCAAUAUAUUCACUUUCAACUGUGUUGUGCCUUGAUAUAUUUCAAAUUCUUAGCCCAAUACCAAUGCACUGACAGUGUUGUGGUAACAGAAGUUGUGUGGUGCUACAAGUUGGGUCUAGAUUCUCUUACAUUACACCCAUCAAGUUUUAUUAAAGUUAUUUUAUUGAUUGCACGUGUGCAGUUUUAUAGAUGUCUCGUACAUGUCCUUAUGUGUAAAGAUUGUUAAAACGCAGCUUGUUUACAAAAGGGGAAAGGGUUCUCAGUAUUUUACCUGGGUUUAUUUGGGACCAGGAAAUUGGCAGUGGAGAAUUUAGCCAUUUGCACAGAUUACUAGAUUCUACUUUUGCUGCUAGACUGUAAUUUAUUAAGCAUUUUUGAAAAGUAUUUAUUUUUAUAUGCCUAAAAAGUGAUACUUUCAAUUAACUUGACCAAAAGACGGUAAAAACACUGGCACUUGAAUGUUUGUCACCUGAGUGAAAGUUGUUUAUUGGGAUAGUGUGAGGUUGUUAGUGUCAACUAUCGGCCUCGUGUGCAUUUGGAUCAAUUCAAUUUGGCUGUCAAAAUUUGAAAGCUUACCACCAUGCCAAGGUUUGGAAAGAAAAAAAAAUAACAGUACAUUGUUGUCAGUAAAUAGUGUUUUGUUUUGUUUUUUUAGCCCCUUUUCCCCCACCCCACCCUUUAUAACUGGCACAUGAGAAAUUUAUAAAAGAAAGCAUCCUACAUGUGGUGUAUUAUAAUGUUCAGAUGGAUUAUUUGGGCAUCCUGAGGAGGAGGCCCUCUUUGAUGUGUGUGCUACUCUAGCAGCCAAGUGAGACUUUUUAUUGGGCUUCUCACUCCCAGUAGAGGUUAGUAUUUGCUUUAUGGAAUAGUGUAGAUACUAUGCACUACAUGAAGACAACUGUCAAUUGUAAGAUUUUACCAAAUUAAAUUUUGACAUUGCAAAUGCA